GGCCACCGCCGUCUCCUCCACCGGCGGCCGCCAUGUCGGGCAGGGGUGGUAAAGGCUUCUACAGCACCCCCGACGGGAAUUACCACUCCACAAGGACAGGAACACCGAACGGAAGGCAGAGCCCUGUUGAUGUUAUUCCUAUUUCUGAUUCUGAUUCUGAAUUUGAGUCUGAAGAUUAUUUCGAAGAUACUUCCACACACUCCAAGUCAAAUGGGAAAGCUCACUCCAAGUCAAACGGGAAAGCUUCAUCUGAUAGCCUAAAAACUGGUGGAAAGGCUUCGUCCUUUUCUGAAGGUCUCACGGGAUCUGGCAAAGGUGGGAAGGGCUCUGCAUCAUUUAGUGCUGGGAAAGGUGGGAAGGGCUCCGCAUCAAAUGCAAAGCCUCCAAAGUCUGAUCCAGAACUUAAGCUUGAGCUAGAUAUGCCCCCGAAUUCUAGAAUUUUAAUGGACUGUGAAGCAGCUGAAAUGUUGCAACAAAUUCACGAACAUAUGGCCAUCUUAUCAGAGGAUCCGAAGAUCAAAAUUCCUGAGUCUUUUGACAAGGCUUUCCAAUAUGCAAAAGAAGGAAAUCAUUUCACCACUGCAAAGUCUGUGAAACAAAUUCUGGAACCUCUUAAGAAAUAUGGUGUUACUGAUGGCGAGAUAUGCAUGAUAGCGAACAUUGGGCCUGAGACCAUCGAAGAGGUUUAUGCACUAGUUCCAUCUCUCAAGGCCACUAAGGAGCUCAAUGAAAGCCUUAUUACGGAGGCUCUUGAUGCUCUCGCUAACAUAAAAGCCUCCAAGUGAAUCUCAGCUCCACAGCUGAUCGGGCAAUGAAGCGUCUCUGCUACAAGCGUCUCUGUGAUGUGAUGUAUGGAUGUUCACCGAAAUGAAGUUGUGUGUAUGUCAAAACCGUACUAUCGUUUGUGUCUGCUUUAGGUCUGACCGGUAGAACUAUGUCUGUUGAAACUUAGCCUAUCGAACUGCUAGAAUGGUUGACGUACUGUAGUCUGAACUUCUAUGUGGUACCUGUGGUCCAGGUCGCGUGAACAAUGAAAACCUUUGCAGCCUGUUUGUUUC